UAAACUGCUCCAUGGGACACACGGUUCAACACUCCAUAGAAAGAGGUUUCCUCCCAACUGCCAGCUUCGUCAUUAGUGUUCAUUUGCUAAAGCGACAUGACAGAAGAUUGUUACCAGAGUUACGUCCUUGGAUGGCUGUAACCGAAAGUUGCCAUGGCGAAGAGCGGCACUUCAAGCUGUGGUUUGAACCCAAUGACGUUUUGGCAUCUCCCGUCAUGCCAUGCGCAGAAGAAGCGUCAGGGUGGGAGGGGAGCAGAGUUAGCCAGAGUUCUACCGCCAUAUUGGGGCCGACGAGGAGAAAGGGACUUGAGUAGUGGGGACCAACUGGGUGAUUGCCCAGAGGAGCUGAGAGGUGUGGCUUCCCCCUCCCCCUUCUCUCUACUUAUUUCUGACUAUCUCCUAUCUGCAAUGGACCAAGAUUAUGAGAGACGGCUACUACGGCAGAUCAACCUCCAAAAUGAGAACACCAUGCCUUGUGUAUCAGAAAUGAGGAGGACUCUAACACCAACAAACUCUCCCAUGUCUUCUCCAAGUAAACAUGGAGACCGGUUUAUUCCAUCCCGGGCAGGAGCCAAUUGGAGCAUUAACUUCCACAGAAUAAAUGAAAAUGAAAAAUCCCCCAGUCAGAACAGAAAAGCCAAGGAUGCCACCGCAGACAGUGGCAAAGAUGGUCUAGCUUAUUCGGCUCUGCUUAAGAACGAGCUGUUGGGAGCUGGGAUUGAGAAAGUUCAAGAUCCACAGACUGAAGAUAGACGGUUACAACCAUCCACGCCAGAAAAAAAGAGCCUGUUCACGUACUCUCUGAGUUCCAAGAGGGCGAGCCCAGAUGAUGGAAAUGAAGUGUCUCCUUAUUCUUUGUCACCUGUUAGUAACAAAAGCCAGAAGCUAUUGCGCUCUCCGCGAAAACCUACAAGAAAGAUUUCAAAGAUCCCCUUUAAGGUUCUGGAUGCACCUGAGUUACAAGAUGAUUUUUACCUCAACCUAGUGGAUUGGUCAUCCCUCAAUGUCUUAAGUGUGGGGCUGGGAACUUGUGUGUACUUAUGGAGUGCAUGUACUAGCCAGGUGACCAGACUCUGUGACCUCUCAGUGGAAGGGGAUUCUGUGACAUCAGUUGGUUGGUCAGAGAGGGGAAAUCUGGUGGCUGUGGGAACACACAAAGGCUUUGUUCAGAUCUGGGAUGCAUCAGCAGGGAAGAAACUCUCCACUCUAGAGGGACACACAGCCCGUGUGGGAGCCCUGGCUUGGAAUGCAGACCAGCUUUCCUCUGGAAGUAGGGACAGGAUGAUCUUACAAAGGGAUAUCCGCACACCACCUGUUCAGUCGGAGAGAAGGCUGCAAGGCCACAGGCAAGAAGUAUGCGGCCUCAAAUGGUCCACAGACCACCAGCUUCUGGCUUCAGGAGGGAAUGACAACAAGCUCUUAGUUUGGAACCAUUCUAGCCUGAGUCCUGUUCAGCAAUAUACUGAACAUCUAGCUGCAGUGAAGGCAAUAGCGUGGUCCCCACACCAGCAUGGCCUUUUAGCUUCAGGUGGCGGCACUGCUGACCGCUGCAUCCGCUUCUGGAAUACACUGACAGGCCAGCCUUUACAGUGUAUUGAUACUGGCUCUCAAGUCUGCAACUUGGCUUGGUCUAAGCAUGCCAAUGAACUGGUAAGCACACAUGGUUACUCUCAAAACCAGAUACUAGUGUGGAAGUAUCCAUCGCUUACACAGGUGGCCAAGCUGACUGGACAUUCCUAUCGUGUUCUCUACCUGGCUAUGUCACCAGAUGGAGAGGCCAUUGUUACAGGAGCAGGAGAUGAAACACUUCGAUUCUGGAAUGUUUUUAGUAAAACCCGCUCCACAAAGGAGUCUGUCUCUGUUCUUAACCUGUUCACCAGAAUACGAUAGAUUACUCAACUGUGGAACACCUUCCCUCUUAAACAUAUCCUUGCAUCAAUGGACAUCAACAAAGACUGGAUUUCUAAGGAGCCUAGAGUCUCCAACCAACUGUGGAUAUUUUGCACAAUACAUUAUAGUGAAAGGUGUUCAUUAAAUAGCAAAACAUUUUCAGUUUAUGUGUUGAGUUGAACAGGCUUUGAAAGGGGACCACAAAUAACCUGCUGCUGACAAUAGUCUAUAGAUAUGUGUUUAUGUAUAUGCUGAUGUUUUUGUUAGUGCUGUGGGGUUAACACAACUGUCUCCAAAUGACAAAAGAAUAUAAAAACCACUGUGACCUCAGCAAACCCUGCCAUAAAGAUAAAGCUGUGAUUUAUAGUAGUGAGUAUUUUACAUACUAAUCUUACAUUUGGAACUGCUUUUUUUUGCAUGUGUGCCAUUUUCUUGAACUUUUGCUGCCCAGCAUAUCUGUCUGCAGCUUGACUUUUUCAGUUCCAAAUAAAUCUACAGCCUUCUCCACAAGGGUUGUCAUGGGGGUGGGGCUUAUUUUUAAAAUGGUGGCAAUUUUUUGCGUGAAUUGCUUGUUGCUUCUGUUGCAUUUUAUUUUAAUAGAUGAUGGACAGUGUUUUAACUAAGAUGUUAUUGAAUAAUGACUGUCUUGUUUGCACCCCACCAUGUGUUCAAAAUGAAGGCACCACCCAAAUACAGGGUAUCAUUUGAACACGUAGUGAUGAGGGAAUAAAAAGAAAUACAAGAAAAGCACUUAGUUUUUUGUUAGUGAAAGCUCAGUCAUGGGUUUUUCUUUGGGGCGGUAUCAUUCAUUCCACCAGCACCAAGAGGUAGAAGAGCUAACCUCUUUAUUCUUGUUUUAUAACCAAAAGUAAAAUCCAAAUAAUAGUUUGAAAAUGUAUUUAUUUUGUGAACGUGUGUGCCAGUUAAUUAAGUAUGAUUGUUAUCUGUUAUUACAUCCAGACUAUGGCAAUAUUUUUUUUUCAGCAUUCAGCAUUAUAUGUCAGUGUUCUUUGUGACUCUCUCAAGUAUCUCUUGCUUCUGAAGCCCCCCUUCUUUCCCUUUUGUCAUUUUUUGUUUUCCUGAAAGGUACUUUGUUUUUACAUAUUACUUUCUAAGCAUUUGGAUGCUAUUGCUCCAUUUUGGGCUUGUCCAUAGAGGCUGCCAGUCUUUGUGCACCACUAAGAGUUUUUGACCACAAAGUGCUUAAUUUGUAUUUUUAUAUUUUGAAUGGUAUUCUUUGGACAUGUAAAAUAACAGCUUCUAUGUGUUUACACUU